AUGGGAGACUUCUUCUUCUGUAUCCCCAUUGUCUUUGGCUGCCCGGAGAAGACGAAGCAGGAGGGUGACGGCACCCCCUACGUCUGCCCCCGGUGCCACAACGCCCAGGUGGUGGAGGCCAAGACGCGCACCUGGUUCGAGCUGUGCUGGGUUCCUCUGAUUCCUUUCUCGUCAUCGCACAUUUGGCUGUGUGGUAUCUGCCAGUGGCGCGCGCCGCGCGAUGGCGGCUUCCAGCCCCAACCGGCCAUGGGCGGCAAGGCGUAA